GUGUGUUUGGAUGAGUACCAGAACUUUCUGCGUCUGUUUUUCACCUAAAAAAUGCGUUGAAUAGAGCUUCUUCCUUUUACGUCGUUGCACUCCUGAGAGCAGGAUGGGUCACCAGCAGCUGUACUGGAGCCACCCGCGAAAAUUCGGCCAGGGUUCUCGCUCUUGUUGCAUCUGUUCAAACAACCGGCAUGGUCUGAUCCGGAAAUAUGGCCUCAAUAUGUGCCGCCAGUGUUUCCGUCAGUACGUGAAGGAUAUCGGUUUCAUUAAGUUGGACUAAAUGAUCUUCCUUCAAAGGAUUAUCCAAGGCAUCUACUCAAUGAAAAACCGUGAUAGUUCUUUGUGUAUAAAAUAAACAUUUGAAACAACAACAACAACAAAAAAUGCGUUG